UAUUUGCGAGCAUUCCAGCACAGUCAGGCAGAAGGCAUGGUUUGAAGAGCAAUAUUGUUUGUUGUUAAUUCUUAAGCCAGAAAAUGGCUGGCCCAUUAAAAAAUGUUUCUACACUCUUAUCACCAAGCCUUAGAACAACAUUAUCCCCAUCAAGAAAUUUACUAUCUACUCCAAAACAUCAGCGAAUCACAUCUUGUGCUAUCACGCCAAGAAAACUAAAUUUUUCACCGAACCUCCGGCUACCAUAUCAAGGAAAAGUCCCAGAUAUUAAAGUGGACCUUAUAUUUGAUAAGUCUAAAAAUAAUUUUCAAAACGAAAUUUCGCCAAAUCCCACACACGUAUUGGACCUCAAUUCCCCGAUCAAGCAAGAUUUAGCCAAAAAUGGUUUGCAACCUUUUAGAAAAUGCACUAAGGUGCUGGGACAGGGUAGUUUUGGUGUUGUUUUCAAAGGCAGACAUCAUGGAGAAGUCGUAGCAGUAAAAUUGGUUACCAAAGAAACAAUCACGCAAGAAAAAAAUGCCUUAGGACUUAAUCAUAGAAAUGUUAUAAAUACUAUAACUGUAAUAGAAAAUCCAGACUGGCAAGCCUAUAAUCUGGUGAUUAUGGAAUAUUUAGCAAAUUGCCGAUCUUUGCAAGAUACUUUAGAUGCUAUGCAGGCAGGGCCACUACAAGAAGAUAGUACAAAUCUUUUAAAGUUAUUUGCAAUAGAUAUAACUGCCGGUUUAGCCUAUUUGCAUCAUCAUGGAGUUAUGCAUUUAGAUUUGAAACCAAAAAAUAUACUAGUGAGUAGAGAAAAUGUUUGCAAAAUAUGCGACUUUGGAAACUCAUUGAAAAUUGGCGACAGCUCUGGCCAAUUUAAUUACACUGGGACAGUAAUAUAUACUGCACCAGAAGUUCUAAUGGGAAAAUCACCAACCACAAAAAGUGAUAUUUAUUCACUCGGUUUAAUAUUUUGGCAAUUAAAGUAUUUAAAAAGCCCAUUUCAAGAGUAUGAAAGAAAUGAAAGUAUUAUUUAUAAUGUGGGUAAGAAUAAUUUGAGACCGAAAUACCAAGAGAAUGGUACCAAUUGUAUAGUGGAUAUUUUCACCAAGUGUUGGGAUACGAAUCCCGAUCAAAGGCCCGAUGCUUUACAAGUACUGAAAAUGUUGGAGAAAUUUACGUUUUAAUAUUCAUUCUACUUUAUUUGUUAUUUAUUCGUGUUUUUGAUUUGAUAACAAAGUGUUCCCAAAUUUUCGGUCCAGUCAAACACUUGUUACAUAAAGUACAUCGUACCAAAUUUUAAAAUAUGAUUCAAUAAAAUGUUAAGGUUUGUUUUUAAUAUAUCAUGAUAUAGGUGAAACUGUCUUUCCUAUUUAGAUUUAAAACAAGUCUUUUGAUAAUUUACAUGUCUUAAAUAAUUAAUUAAUUUCUUUAUUGCAUUUGCAACAACUUUUUAUGCCACGUCUAUAGGAUUUUUAAGAGUUUUAGAAUUUCUGAAAAAUGUUGAUAACUGACGGUUUGAGAGUUUUACGCUUGACAAUUUUCAGAGCCCAAAAUACAAUGUUUUUGAUAGACAGCGAAUGUGUCGAGCAUAUACUUUGCAAACAAUUUGAUGUUCUAUUUUGAAAAUGAAUUAAUCUAGGUAAAAAUUCAAA